CUUUCUAACCAACAUGUAGCAGCUGGAAUGAGAUAAAGUAUUCGCAGAUUUUACUGUUGGAUCUGGAUGAGAUCAAACAAUUCCACACUGAGCGCCCCCCCAAAAAACUAUUACAGCAUAUUACGCGUGUGACACUUGAGUUUGAAUGUGUCAUAUUUUUAAUUUUAGGUUCAUAUCCUCUUCGAUCUUUGACAUUUCUCUUUUUGCCAGUGUUGGGAUCACUUUGCGCAUGUUGGGACGGUUUUCCCUCCCUGUGCUGAUCCGUAUGGAUGCGCCAGAGGGGAUUUUUGCGCUCGUAGGGGAGGGACGUACGAAGUCAAUUUGGGAUCAUAUCAGGAAGGAGCGCACCGACAGAGCGAGAUAGACGACACCAGGGGAGAGAGGCACAUUUUCACGCCCUCUCACAUUAUUUCUCCGUCUCAUCGAUUAAAGAGACAGGCUUCCUUCAGGAAAAAAGUGAACAGGAUCCCCAAACGACACGAGGGAGACAUGCAGUCUGUGGAGAGAUGGACUGUGCUGCUUUUACUUGUGGGUUUGAAGGCGCAAGACUGCCUCUCAUCAAAGGCUGAGGACCGACUUUUCAGGAAGCUGUUUAGACGAUAUAAUCAGUUCAUCAGACCAGUGGAGAAUGUCUCUGACCCAGUCACUGUGGAGUUUGAGGUCUCCAUCUCCCAGCUGGUUAAAGUUGAUGAGGUGAAUCAAAUCAUGGAAACAAAUUUAUGGCUCAGGCAUAUUUGGAACGACUACAAGCUCCGAUGGAAGCCUGCAGAGUUUGACGGGAUUGAGUUCAUUAGAGUCCCAUCGAACAAGAUUUGGAGACCCGACAUUGUGCUCUACAACAAUGCUGUAGGAGAUUUUCUGGUGGAGGAUAAGACCAAGGCCUUGCUGAAGUUUGAUGGAACUAUCACAUGGGUUCCUCCAGCAAUUUUUAAAUCAUCCUGCCCAAUGGACAUCACCUACUUCCCCUUUGACUAUCAGAACUGCUCUAUGAAGUUUGGGUCCUGGACUUAUGAUAAAGCCAAGAUUGACCUGGUACUUAUUGGGUCCAAGGUGAACCUGAAAGACUUCUGGGAAAGUGGCGAGUGGGAAAUCAUUGAUGCUCCAGGCUACAAACAUGACAUCAAGUACAACUGCUGCGAGGAGAUCUAUCCAGACAUCACCUACUCCUUCUACAUCCGGCGCCUGCCACUGUUCUACACCAUCAACCUCAUCAUCCCCUGCCUCCUCAUCUCUUUCCUCACAGUGCUGGUUUUCUAUCUCCCAUCUGACUGUGGAGAGAAGGUCACGCUCUGUAUCUCCGUCCUGCUCUCCCUCACUGUGUUCCUACUUGUUAUCACAGAGACCAUCCCCUCCACAUCGCUGGUCAUCCCGCUCAUUGGAGAGUACCUCCUCUUCACAAUGAUCUUCGUCACACUCAGCAUCGUCAUCACUGUUUUUGUGCUGAAUGUACAUUAUCGCACACCAAUGACCCACACUAUGCCGGGCUGGGUGCGCUCGGUGUUUCUCAAAGUGCUACCGAGGAUUAUGCUAAUGCGGAGACCGAUUGAUGAGAACAGCAAAGUUGGGGGGCUGGACAGCAGUGGGGAGGCAGGAGGAGGUGGAGGGGGAGGAGGAGGCGGAGGAGGAAAAGGAGGGAAGAAACGGAAGAAUAGCUUAAUGCAGUUUGGAGGAGGAUCGCUUAACUGUCUGGAGUUUGGUGAAAGCAAGCUCUCAACUAUGGAGGGCUGCACUGGAAAGAAAUGCCCCUGCCCUUGCCAGCAUGGGAAGGAAACCCCGGAAACCCCAGACCCUGGGAAGAUGACACGUCAGCUCAGUCACCAAAGCAUCAACACAGUGGUGGCCUUUUCUGUGGUGUCACCUGAGAUUAAACAGGCCAUCGAGAGCGUCAAGUACAUCGCUGAAAACAUGAGGAGCCGCAACAAGGCCAAAGAGGUGGAGGAUGACUGGAAGUACGUUGCCAUGGUGAUUGAUAGAAUCUUCCUUUGGGUAUUUGUGACCGUGUGCGUCCUGGGAACCAUGGGCCUGUUCAUCCAGCCUCUUUUUGGCUUUGUCUCAUAACUGCUAGCCCGUCAGGGUCCUCAGUCACCCUGUGCAUAAACCAAUCUCAAACAAGUAACUAAUGGACUCUCAGUUCUCAGUUGACAAAUCAAAAGACAGAGUUUUAAAGUCCUAAGCACUAUCUGGUAUGCUGGUUUUGCUUUUUUGUGUUUUUUCCCUUUUGCAGCGAAUAGAAAUAAAGAAACAGUGACGUCUAAAAUGUUCUUGACUGGCAAGUAAACUGUAUAACAAAGAUGAGUCCUACACAUAAGCUCAUCCUUCAUGGUAAAAUAAA